AUGUCAGCACAAUCUCUAUCUCAAACAACUUCAAGACGUCUUCCGACGACUUACCAUUCAGUUCACCCUGGUUUUCAUGCAAGAAAACAACAAAUUCUAACUUCCUUAACAGAUUCAACAAUUGCUCGAACUGAUAAUAAUAUUAAUAAAUAUUCAUCUAAAGUGUCUUCACCAUUGAUUGAUGAGACAAUUUUUCCGAUACUUGAAUUAAUUAACAAACAUGAUGAUUAUAUUGUAACAAGUAGUUGCUCUGGUAAAAUUUCAAUUAUUUCUACCUGUGCUAAUAGUAAUAAAUGUAAAAAUUCUAAGAAACCUAUCUCGAGUAAAUUGGAAUCUUUAAUGACAACUGGUAAUAUUAAUCAAGAUGAAAUUGAAAAUGGAGUUGUUUAUAGACAUCAAGAUUAUUUAGUUGAAUUACCUAAAGAAAAAGGUUUAAUUAAUAAUUUCUUGUUGAAAAUGAUUUUUGGUGAAGAAUUUGAGAAUGUAAUAUCGUCAAAUAACGAAAGUUAUAAUUUAUUACAAAAUAAUGAUUAUAAUUUGAUUUAUUUCAAAUUCGAACCAAUGAUUUUGCAUGCUGAAGCACGUACUUUAGAUGCUGCAAAAAACCUUGUUAAUUUGGCUGUUGAGGUCGGUUACCAUAAUUCGGGUAUGCUAACCACCUCAAAAAGGCACAUGGUAGCAAUUCGUAAUUCUAUGAAACUUGAAACUCCAAUCGCGUAUUUAAAUUUAUCAACUCAAAAAAUACACCUUUUGGUGGAUUUAUCUUAUUUGCAUUUACUUAUUAAUCUAAGUAAUCAACAUUUUGAGGAGACACUAAGGAAAAUUAAUGAUUUAUUGAGUACGCUUGAUAAUAAUCUUUUUGGAAGCAUGGGAAGUGGUGAUGAUGGGAUUAAAAGAUUAAAGGAUGGUGGAAAAACAUGGGAACAUAAAGAAGAAAGGAGAGAACGAAAAAGAAGGGAUGGAUUGGCCAGGCAGAUUGGAUUGAGAAAAAGUGGUACUUUAAGUGAUGGUAACGAUGGUGAUGUGUCAACUGUUGAUGACGAAAAUCAAGGUUUAGAUAAUUUGGAUAACGUAUGA